AUGGAUAUCACGGACUUUAUUUUCGGUCAAAGAGAGGAUAGCCUGGUGGUUGGCAACUAUGAUGCCUACCGUGCACAUGCCACCCGCAAAUUGCACAAGUUGCGCAAGAAGCUGGGGUUGACCACCCCUAAGGGUCGCAAAUAUACGGCCAAAUCCCCCAUUACUGCGGAGAACGUGGGUAGCAAUGUGGCCUACGUCCAUAUCCUACUGCUGAGCUCCGAACGGGCGUGGGCAGAGGCCAUGCACAUGAAGAAUACCCACUCCGCCGACCCCUCCGCCAAAGGCAUCGUCGGAUCCGCCCGACGCCAUAUUAUUUCGCGGUUGAACAAGGCCACCGGCUACGCAAAGGAACUGGUGCAGGUGCUGCAGGAUCAGCCGACUUCGGGAGCGACCGAUUUUGACCUCCUCGAAGCCCGCGCAUAUCUGGCCUCUCUCGCGGGGGCACUCGCCUUGGAACAACGCAAAUGGGAGCAGUGUCUGCAGAGCUACUCCAUCGCCAGGGUGGUGUAUGCGGCGCUGGGCCAACAGGCAAAGAAGGAUGCCUUCCGAGAUCUCCUCGCGGGCACGGUCGAUCCCAGCCUUCGAUAUGCAGCCUACCAGCUCAAACUGCCCCGCUCGAAGCCCAUCCCUUCCCUCGCGAUUAGCUACUUCCCGUCGGACGCCCAGACACGGGCGGAAGUGGAGAAGGUGGAUGCCAGCUGCCUGACGGAAGAUGCCGCGGGGACCAGAAGAACUGCGGAGGGAGAAGUGCAGCAGCUGCCUCAGACCAUCACAUGGCGGUCCCGGACUGUUGGCCUGGAAGAUGCUACCAUCUCGCAGGCUCUAGCCAGCGCCGCGGCGGCAGAAUCCCGUCUUGCGUCGUGGCUGGCCGACACUUCCGGCAGUGCGGCUUCUUCGAAGGACAAGGCGGCUGCGUACGAUAACGUCAUGAUCGCGAGUCAGGAUGCGGUCGAUGCCACCAAGACCGCAAUCGACGAUCUUGCCAGUGAAGGCGUCGAUCCGAGCGACAAGAGGAUGCAGAGUCUACAGAUCACGCGCACCGCCGUGAACUACGGUCUGGUCGGGUGGCGCAUUGGGCGCAACCGCGUCCUGUGCGGCGACCAGGACGGGGUGUCUUUCGAGAUGGAUCAAGCCAAGGCCCCCAAGAGCAAGAAACCGUCCGCCAAAAGUGAAGAGUCCAAGGGUCGGACCUUUGCGCGACUGCGUGAAAAGGUCGUGCUGUACGAUUCUACGCUGCAGAGCAUCGAUGUCAUCCUUGAAUUGCCCGGUGUGGCUGCCGAUUCUGCAUUUGUCCAGGAAUUGGGGGCUAAGCGUUCCUACUUCCGCGCCUUAAGAUGUCUUGCGGUGGGCCGAACGCACGCUAUCCUUGGAAAAUCCAAGAACGCGCUGGCGCUGUUCUCGCAGGCGUUGACGCUCACUACUGAAUCCGCCGGGCGCCUGUCGUCCUCGAUGGACGUGGAGGGGCCUCCACGAUUGGACGUCUCCCCCCAGCAGAUCCACACCCUCGAGACCACCCUGCGGGCCCUUGUGGCACAAUUCCGCGGAGUUGUGACCCUGGAGAAUCUGUCCACGGAGGAACAGUCGAAGGCGGCUGUUCAGCGACCCAUGGUGGAGCGGAUGCACGAAUACCCCGGGGAUGAGCUCGAUCUCCACAAGCUGGUGCCUUACCCGCCGCAGUUGCAGCCGAUGCCGGUGAAGCCGUUAUUCCUGGACGUCGCGUGGAACUACAUCGACUACCCCCGGGAGGGAUCGACGGCUGCGCAACCCGCUGCGUCGGAGGAGACCGGUACGGAAGAGAAGAAGGGCGGGCGACGGGGAUGGUUUGGAUUUGGUCGUUGA